AUGAUAAAUGACCAAUCUCGUGUUAUUCAAAGAGCAAAGAGUGCAGGUGUAGAGGGUAUGGUUAUCAUUACCAAUGAUUUUGAAAAGUCAGAGACAUCAAUUGCAGUAUCACAAGCUCACCAAGGAUCCAUCUAUAGUGUAGUUGGUAUUCAUCCAUCAAAUAUUAGUUCAAAAAAGAUGAGUGAUAAAUUAUUUUUACAAUUAGUUCAUCAAUUAAAAAUUCAUGCAGUUAAUCCAAAUGUUGUUGCAAUUUAUACUGGUUUAGAUUAUGAAAGAGAUUAUGGUUUAAAAUUCCCACAAGAGAAAUUUUUAAAGGCACAGGUUUCAUUAGCAGCAGAAUUGGGAUUACCAGUGGUAUUGCAAGAUUUUGGUAGUGGUGAUGGUUUACUCGAAGUAUUAAAGGAUUGUAGAAAAGAUAUAGUUAGAGGUAUGAUUUAUUCAUAUAGUGGCAGUAGCAGCUUUUUACAAAAGUUUAUAGACAUGGAUUUUUACAUUAGUUUUAAUGGUCUUUUAUGUGAAGAAAGUGAUAAGGGUGAUCAAAUUAGAGAUUUCAUUACCAAAGUACCAAAAGAUAGAAUUCUUUUAGUUUCAGAUAGUCCAAAUCAUACACCACAAAAUAUUCCAGAUCAAUACAUUAAAGAACAAAGAAACGAACCAUCUAAUCUUGUUUAUGUUUUAGAAGUUGCAGCAAAACAAUUAGAAAUGUCAGUUGAGGAUUUAGCAAAACAACUUAAACAAAAUGCAAUUCAAUUUUAUUCAUUAGUCAAACCAAUUGAACCAGAGCAAGCUGACGUUGAAGAGAAUAAAGAGGAGGAAGAGGAAGAAAAGGAAGAAAAGGUUGAGACCAAAUCAACAAAGCCAUCAAAGAAAUCAACAAAAGCAACACCAGCAACCAAAGACGAUAAAAAAUCAAAAUCAAAACCAAAAUCAAAAAAGAAACAACAAAUCGAAAGCGAAGACGAAGACGAGGAAGAUGAAGGUAGUGAUAACGAAGAUAGUGAUAACGAAGAUUACGAGGAUUCAGAUGAAGAAAAUGCAAUUAAAACUUUUGAUAGAAAUAUUUCAAAACUUUCACAAAAGGAAUUGGAAAAUAUUCAUUACUCUUGCAAAAAGUGUAGAACUAGAUUAUUUAAUUAUAUAGAUUUGAUUCAACAUGAAGAGAAAUCAAAAGUUUUAGAUCAUAAUUAUGUUAAACAACAACAAAAACAAAAGCAACAACAACAACAGCAGCAAGCAGAUAAAGAAGUUACAGGUAGUAAUAAUAGUCGUGGUUGUAAAUCAUUCUUUUUAUCAGCUGCUCCAUGGAUGAAAGUAGAUAUCACUAAAAACAAUAUCAAAGUCGUUUGUCCAAAAUGCGAAACUAAACUUGGUUCUUUUAGCCACUCUGGUGAAAAAUGUUCAUGUGGAUCUGUAGUUCAAGAGUCUUGUAGAGUAUUAAAAGCUAGAGUUGAUACUGUUUUAGUUGGUGAUAAUGGUCAAUUAUUGGAUCUUUCUUUAUUAAAUAUUGAUGAUAUCGAUUCAUCCGAUGACGAUGGUAUGGCCAGUGGAAAAACUAAAAAGAAGAAACAAGCCAAAAAGAACAUUAAAAAAGAUAACAAGCGUAAUCUUAGUAACUAUAGAAAUAAAAAUGAAUCUGGUUCAAGAAAAAAGAAGACAAAUGAAGACUCUGACUCUGAUAAUGAAAUUAAUAGCUUUUUACAUGUUUCAGAUGACGAUAAAUCAGAUAAUUAA